GUGGUCUUGGCCUGUGCUAUAUAAGACUGUGUGUCUGUAUGUGUCUGUGUAUGUGUAAGUGUCCUGACGUGUACAGUACACGUUGUUGGUGUGUCUGCUGUGCACAGCCAUGGCUCCGCGCGCCGCUUGCCUUCUGCCCCUCCUCCUCAUUGCAUCAGCUACAGUCAUCUUGGUGGAUGCGACAUGCGGAGUUGUAGAUACCACUUCUUGUGAUGAUAACCCAGCCACAUUAUGUAAAGAUUGUGACGGCCCAGCGGACAAAGUGCCGAACCCUUUAGACUGCAGCACUUACUACAUGUGCAAAAAUUCCAGCAAUUUCAUAUUCGAUGACCCCCUCUCCUGCCCGGACGGUCAGAUAUUCAACAUGAAUAAUUCAAAGUGCUCACCAGAUGCCGAAUGCCAGUUUUCUUGCGGCUCCACAAGCGAAGAUGGUUGCUUUUAUACCUGUAAUAAUGAUAUGGAUGGAAUGAUAGCUGAUCCAUUUGACUGCAGCGUGUACCACCAGUGUACUGGUACAUCGGGUACAGACCCUGGGCCGGCUCAGACGUGUCCCGCUGAUAAACCGUAUUUUGGUGGUAAGGAAUGUGUGGCGGAUGAGUCUGCUUGCUGCCACUGCCGCCCCUACUGCUACGAAGGAGACCAGUACAAGAAGGUAGAGGACCCCACAGACUGCCGGAAGUUCUUCUUCUGCUUAGAGAAUCAUGAAAUGCCGACCAUCCCUGGUGAGUGUAAAGAUGGUGAGCACUUUGACUUGCACGCCGGUGACUGUAGCAACACCGCGCCGUGCGUCACGCUGUGCAGGAACGUGGUAGACGGGGACGGCUGCAUUGACCCGUACACGUGCCAGGAAUUAGGCUACUUCCCCAAAUGCAAGACACAGUGCCUGAGGGAAUACUACCACUGUGUGGAGGUCAGUGACGACUACGCCACGCCGGAGACGUGCCCCAAUAACCUUGUCUUCAACCCUGACACUCUGACAUGCAUCAAGAACGAGACGUGUCCUUAUACACACAAGUAGCUUCCCCGCUGGCCCUGUACCCGCCUGGCUGCUGCGGCGCCACCUGCCUCAGUAAAAUGUUGGGCAGCACCUUUGUCUCCUGGGUCAAUACAGUGCUGUGGCGGGGAAGUGUAGAGCUUGGCUUGCACGGACAGUGACCCACAUACACCCUCGGGAAAUGAAACCCUCACCAAGACACUCUCAAAAAGGUAAUAGUCAACCUGUUAGCAUAUCAGUCAGUCAGUCAGUCAAUUAGCCAGUCACACAUUCAGUCUGUCAGUCAGUCAGUCAUUCAGUCAGUUUGUCAGUCAGCGAGACAUUCAGCCUGUCUUUCAAUCAGUCAGUGAUCACAGUCCUUCCCAGCCACGCCUCAUAACAAAUCGCUUGCUCCCCAUAUCUUGAACCAGUAAAGGUGGAUGGUCUAAUUGCCUUGUACACACACACACACACACACACACACACACACACACACACACACACACACACACACACACACACACACAGUCAACAAGAGAUCCUGAGAGACAAGAAUUGAGACCAAACACCAAAACAAACACUUUGAACACUAUUGAGGGCAUCAGAACCCAUUGAAGAAGUGGUAAUUUUGUUUUCUUUAGUCAAUAUAAAGUGUUAAGUGAUUCUAGUGUGUGUUUUUGUCAAUAUUGAUAAAGAGUUAGUGGUUUCUUCAGUCAGUUAUGGAAUAUUAAGUGGUUUUGGUGUGUUAAUUCAGUAAUAAUAAAGUAAUGUUUUUUUUUUCAUAUAAGUUAAUGUGAAGUGUGAAUUGGUUUUGGUGUUAUUUUUAUUUAUUAUUAUUUUUUUAAUGAUAGUAAAGUUGUGAUGUUUUAUUUUGAUUUUUUAUUCUAUUUAUUUAUUUAUUUACUUACUUUUUUGAGUCAAUAUAAAGUGUGAAGUGCUCCUGGUGUGUUUUCCAGUAAUAAUAAAGUGGCGGUGGGUUUGCGUGUUUCCUGAAUCAAAAUAUAGUCUUUGAACGAUUGUUUUGUGUAAUCAGAAUUGUAAUAGUGUUAAGAAUUACUGUUUGGUGGUUCUCUGGGUUGGAAUAAUGUUAAGAAUGGUGUUUUAAUGUGUUUUAUGAUUCAAAAUAAGCUGUUCAGAGUAAUUUGGUGUUUUCAGAGUUUGUUGUAAUGAUUUUAAGAGUUUUGGUGUGUUUUGGCUGAAAUAAAAGUUAAUGAGGGUGUUUUUUGGUGUUUUUAAAGGAUUAAGAAUAAUUUGAGGUGUGUGUUUUUUUUUUUAUUAGUUUUGCAUUAAGGACUAAGAGAGUUUUGGUGUGUUUUUGGCUGAAAUAAAAAUAAAUGAGGGUGUUUUUGGUGUUUUUAAGAAUAAUUUGAGGUGUUUUGCCUGAAAUAAAAAUAGAUAAAGAUGCUUUUGGUGUUGUUUUAUGGGUUUAAGCAUAAUUUUCAGGAUUUGUUGUAAAGAUUAAGAGAAUUUUGCUGUGUUUUUGAGUGAAAUAAAAAUAAAUAAAGAUG